AUGCUGGACUUCACCACGAACAUAGAAGCCACGCCAGGCGAAUACUCCAUGGAGAUCUCGCUCGGCACGCUGCCUCAGAAAUUCGUCGCCAUCGCCGACACGGGCAGCGACCUCGUCUGGCUCGAGUGCAAAGCGUGCACCGUGUGCAUGAAUGCUUCGGCGGUCUUCGACCCGUCCGUCCCUCUCUUCCACUUACAGCCAGCUGGGAUGCAACGGGUGCAAUGUCCUAGGCAGCAACGAGGUCACCUGCACGCCCAACUGCCAGUACACGUACGAAUACGGCGAUCUAUCGAUGACCCAGGGAGAUUUCUCCCUCGACACUCUCACUCUGCAGAACACGAACGGCACCUCCACGGCCAUCGACAAUCGCCCCCUUCCUCAACAACGUUAACAAAUUCUCCUACUGCCUGCUCGCGCGCUACGACCCCGCUGCGGCCCGCGGCCCGCAGCCCGCUGCUCUUCGGCAAGAGCGCCGUGCCCACGAACGUGAGCUUCACCGUGUUCACCCCCCAGCUGACGCCGUACGAGCCCAGCGUCGUCCCGUUCUACUACGUCAACCUGACUGACAUCUCGGUUGGCGGCGCGGCGCUGAACAUCCCGGCCUCGGCCUUCGCCAUCGACACCCAAGGCAACGGCGGCGUGAUCUUCGACUCCGGUACCACGUACACGCUCCUCAACACCGUCGCCUAUCGCAGCGUCGUCGACACCUUCACGUCGCAGAUCGGCACCACGUACCCCCGAGUCAACCUAUUAAGCCUGACGGGGCUCGAGGUGUGCUACAACACUACGGCUUUGUCGAACGUGUCUGCUCCCAACGUCGUCUUCAAUUUUGAUGGCGCGGAUUUCGACCUGCCGUCCGAGAACAUCGUCAUUCUGUUCACGACCACUGGCACUGACACCGUCAUGUGCUUGGCGUCAUUGCAAUCAAUAUCCCUGCAUGUUGGUUUUGCAGCGAUUUUAGUUCAAAAUAUGAGUUAA